AUGAUCUCUGGUACACCUAUUCCCAAUGCAGUAGACGCAUCUCUCACGAAAGCACCGAGCAAGAUAGAUUUGUCCUCGCACUCGAGAAGGGGGCCUUUAGCGGGGCCAGCGCCGAGCGGGUUUGGUGUUGAUCUUGCUAGAACUCCCGAUGGUACGGUCUGGAACGACCUACUGUUCCUUGCUACGGACAUGGCCGACUUCUGGCUCAAUGGCUACGCGGCAAUGAGCGGCACCAGUAUUGGAGGCCACACGGCUUCUUGCAGGUUAAAUGACCCAGAUGACGAAGAACCUCGCCGAACGGCGCAUGAACUUACCAUUGCCGCAUUACUCCCAUCUGCAAGUGCGCGGAUCAAUCAUGCUGGGCAAAACAUAUCCUCCUAUCGGAUGUCAGAGUUCGGUAAACGAUCAUUUGGUGGAUUUAGUCCCUGGAGAUGGCUAUACUGGCUUAAGCGUUUGCAUGAGAUCGUUGAUGAAGCAGUGCAAGCUGACGGAAAGAGCCUCGCAGAGCAUGCCACGAGAGCGAUAAAUAUUAUGGUGGAGAAUGUUAAGACGAGGAACUCUCAGAUUCUCAAGGUGUCUGAGGCGGCGGGCGCUGAUUUGGACCAUGAUGAACAUUUUUCGGGCCUAGAAAAGAAGUAA